AUGGGUUGCUCGUUUUUAAGCCCGGUUGUAAGCGUGACUAUUUUCAAGGCUGGUUGCAAGGGUUGGGCUAUUGCGACGUGGGAAGCUAUUAGUGAGGAGGUUGUUGGUUUCGAGGCUAGUUGUAAGGGUUGUGCUAUUGCGACAUGGGGAGGUUCGUUGGUGAAGGGUCUGUUUCAAACAAGGGAGGAGGCUAGAUGGCGUAAGAGGAUGUCAACGUAUGAGAGCUCGUUUGGGUUGGAGUUUAGAGAGCUAGUUGGAUGA